UGGAAGGUUUAACUAAAUAGUCUCUUUUAAUAUCUUUUAAUGGCAAAUAAGUGUAUAAAAAUCCUUAAAACUUGUGCGGGUUAGUAUCAGUAUCGUUCUUCGAGUGUUAUUUAAGUGUUGGUACUGUCUUAAGUGACUAUUGUGAGCAAUUACAACGUUUCAUGAAGUGAUUUAGUUGAUGUGAUCAGUGAGCUGUAAUGUUUUUUUGUGUCUUCUUUCAAAAGUGACAAAUAUGGCCUUUCCUGUGAAUGGUUGUAACGUAAUAUGCACUUGAAAUCAAUUAUACGGAUAACUAUAUGGUAAAUAAUAGGUAUAGUGAAUAUCAAUAUAACUUUAUUAGUGAAAUACGGAAUAUUGUCGUUGUUGUGAGUUUCUUGCUUAUUGAAAUUUGCCUUGAAAUCGUUUAAUCAUCAUUGUUUUCGAAUAGGCCUAUUUAUCAUAUCGUAUUAUAUCAAACAACUAGGACUAUACAUAAUAUCUAUUAAUUUUUAUAUCAUUCAAGUGCUUUAAUAUGUGAACAGAUCAACAAAAGGUGUUUUUAUCGGUUUAGGUUAAUUUGGAACACUUAUAAUGGUGGACUUUAAGAUUUACAACAACUGGCCUAACCACUGUCGGGAUAAUGACCUGAUGUGGUAAGUGUUUGCCAGUUUUUAUAUUUCGUGAAAUCUGUGCGAUACAUUUUCGGAUUACUCUCACAAGUCAAGUCCCGCACUUCAGAUGUUCAGACCUCACAGAUACGGCGUGGACCGCGACCGGAUGCGGGAGAAGGAGCGGCAGGCCCGGGCGCAGAUGUCCUCUGCCGCCGAAAGGGAGGCAGACGCGGCAGGACCUCUUUUCGGCGGGCCCAUCAGGGUGAACCCCAGCUACAACGACAAGGUGUCCCAGCAAGUGCGAGGCACUCUGGGGGAAUACGAGAGUGUCAAACAUCUCCUGGAGGAGCCUGGCAGACUGUUGGGGUACGACGGGGUGCCUCCGCCAAGCCCCGCCCCCGCAGCACCGCCUAGUCCUAGGACUACUCCCGCACCACCACCGCCCACCGUCACGCAGGAGUUCAAGAAGCCCAAGCCUAGUCAUCAGCAGCACUCGCAUCACCACAGUCACUCGUCCACGCAGAGGGGUGGCUUUGUGAAGCCUGCGGAUGGAAAGCCAGCGUACGGAGGGCGAGGCUUCUACCCAGGACAGCCUGUGAAGCAUGGCUCCAGCGGUGGCAGUGGAGGGGACCAUCGCACCAACCUGGUCCCUGCCAAGGGUCCUCCAGCCAGCAAUCCCUACAGAACUAGUCACCAGCACGCCCGGCCGCUGCCUAGACUGUCUGUGGACACUACGGGUCAGAGUCUGGCUAGAGCUCCAGGUAACACGAAUCAUGGAGGGGCACCACCGGAGCUGGAAAACAUUCUUAAGGAGAUGAAGCUACCUAUGACACCAAUCACUGCUAUUGCAGCGACACCGCGCAAGGAAGUGGACAAGUUCACAUUCAAUCCUGUACUGGAUAAGAUCUCCGAGAUAGUUCCACCCCCACCUACACGCCCCAUCUCCCCCGCCUCGCUUGCAUCACUGCCGGCCCCUCCCACACAUAAGAUCAAGCGGAGCAGUAGUCUUCUCAACGCUGGAAAUGGCCUACAACUACCGUCCGGCAAAACCCACCCCCACUACCCUCCCCUAAACCUACAAAGUGAUCUUCGCUUGUCCGAUGACAGCGAUGAUGAUGACAAUCAACAACAACUCAAGCCUCCGCCUGUCAGCGCCAGGGACAAGUUGCCCAUCGCGGUGGUGCCUCCCGUCUGUCACGCACCCAUCCAUGCCCCGCUCGCCCCCGCCACGCCUGAGACCAGCCCCAUCAUUGACAAGCCCAUCUUGUCACCAGCUAUAAGUGAGCUGCUGUCUCCACCACCGCAGCUGCCAGAGCCCAUGUCUCCAGUGGCUCAGUCCAGCUCCAGUGAGGAAGGAGAUUCUGGUAGUGACUCAAGUGAGAGUGACUCUAGCAGUGAGGUUCCCCCAGUCAUGCCCCCCACGUCGGCCCCCCUGCCCCCCGUAGAGGAGCCCCCGCCACGCUGGAACCUGGAGCGGUUCCUUACUCCGCUGCAGCCGGCGCCAAGCAACGACAACAAGUCUGGCCAAGAGGGUUCGAGCAAACAGAAGAAUGAAGACGACUCAGAGCUGGAUGUGGAAGUGUUAGCCAAACCUCAACCGCUGUUGUCCAGUUUGAGUGACUCGGAAGACAACAACAAGCGAGUCAAGCCGGAACAUCCGCGACGACGAGGCCGGCCGAGCAAGCGAGCACAGCGGCCACCCAAGAGCAAGAGCGUUGUUCAUAGUGACAGUGACGAUGACGCCAGGCCUCCACCACCUCCUAUACGAGGGCCUCGGACGCCGCCACGGCGCAACUACACACCCUCGGACAGUGACUCACCUCCUCCGCCACGGCCGCGCGGUCGACCUCCACGCACACCUCCCAGCCCUACCCGCCCUACCAAGCCAAAGCGGGAGAACAAGUCUCCAACGAAGGUGAAGGCUGAGCCCAAACCAGCGGAGAAGACUCCUAAGAAGCGAGGCAGACGAAAGCAAGUGCCAAAGCCCACUCCAGCGUAUUCGGAGUCUGAAGAGGAAAUAGUGGAGAAGAAAAAGGCUGUGAAGAGAGCCCCGAGUUCUAGCGAAAGUGAUAAUGAAGCUUGGGGAAUCUCGUCUCCUGUCAAGAAGAGGCCGAUGAAAGAGAGCUCGGUGGAAAGAAAAAAGAGAGACUCUUCGAGAGACGAGAAGAAACCAAAACGAAUCAGCAAGCCGACAGUCACUUCUGACAGUUCUGACGAUGAAGUCCCCAGCAAGUCCGUGUCUUGUUCUCCUCAAAAGCCGAUGUCCAGGGUUCCUCCAGCACCGCCUGCAGGUAAACGGGCACCCAGAAGCAUGACUCCUGAAAGUGAACCGGAAAUCAAAAAAGAGGAAAGUCCUCCCAAGUUGGACUUUGAAGGCAACAUAGUGGCUGACAAGAAGAAAAACGAUACCCUCAGGAAAUUGUUUUCUAUCGGCAUCAAAAGGGACGAAACCGGUGGGAAAGGAGGCAAAGGCGGAAAAGGAGGAAAGGGGGGUAAAGGUGGCGGGAAGUGCGGUGCUAAAGGUGGGAAGGGGGGUAAGGGAGGGAAGGGAACUCCCGGGGUUAUCGUAGUGGAGUGUAACGCUAACAGUGAUAGGACGUCAGUGUCACCUCUCAGGGACAGAUCCCCCUCCCCUCUUCCUCCCCCUCCUCCUCCUCCGACUGAGAGGAUUCCCUCCCUCCCUCCUCCGAGUCCUCCUCACAAACCAGAGCCUUUCCCUGCGUCUCUCAUGUGCAGGAUAGACCUCAGCCGGUUGAGUCACAUACCUAACAAAAGACGUUCCGAGGAAGUGAGGACUAGAACUGAAAUUCCUGACACUAGGCAAGAAGAGAAGAAAAGCAAAAAGUCGGAAAAACAUAAAAGUAGAGAAAAGAAGAAGAGUAAAAGUGAGUUGCCUCCGGUUCCGGAAGUGCCUCCAGUUGUACCAGCCGCUCCUGUUGAGCUGCGCAAGUGGCCUCAGAGUCCUCCCCACACCAACCUGGAGACAGAGGCAACCCCUCUGCCUAGCGGUGUGGUAGUGAAGCGUGAGCGACGACCAAGCGUCAGUUCCUCGUCUUCACGAGACUCGCGUGACCGCUACAAGAACAAGCGGAAACAAGAAACCAGCAAACACUCGGCCAGGUCCGGCCCUACGCCCGCCCCAUCACUGCCCCCCACCAAUCACGAGCGGCAAGAGCCGUCCCGAGUCUACUUCUCGUACUUUGAGGCAGACGAAGCUGAAAUGUCCGACACUGACAAAGACCAGUACCUGUUGGAGGCUAAGAGACUGAAACACAUGGCAGACAGAGAGACGGACCACACGGCACAGUGUAUGCAGUACCUGGAGGCUGUGCUGUUCUUCCUCCUCACCGGCAACACCAUGGAGAACGAGAGACCGACCAAUGAAAAGGCUCCGUACACCAUGUACAAGGACACACUGAAUCUUAUCAAGUACAUUUCCAGCAAGUUCCGCAGUCCUGGAUCACAGCCUCAUUGUAGUCUGCAUAACAAGCUUGUGGUGCUAAGCCUACGAUGUCAAUCGCUGCUUCACCUCAAGCUGUUUAAGAUGUGUCGCCCAGAAGUCAAGGAAAACCAGAAAGUUCUCAACGAGUACCUGCAAAAGGCUAAUCCGCCGACCACCAUAGAGGUGGGUGGAGGUGGCCAAGGCACACCUUCCCCUCUCUCACCCACACCUAGCCCCGCCGGCUCCGUUGGGUCUGUCGGGUCUCAGAGUAGCGGCUACAGCAGCGGGGCGCCUCCCACUCUGGGACCCUUCGUCCCUGUCCCCCCGCAGAUACAUCGGGACAUGCAACGGCAGAACAAUCACUUCAACACGCUGGUCGCCAGCUUCGACCUGUGGGACCAGGCAGACGCUCUUGUCUACAAAAACAAACACAAAGAUUUCUUCAUCGAGCUGGACAGAGUGUGUGGCCCACUGACGUUGCACAGCUCGCUCAUCGACUUGGUUCGCUACGUUCGUCACGGAAUCAGCAGACUGAAGCAACUUUAAGCCCAAAUAUUUUCUCCGCCUCGCACACAGUUACCCUCGGGCAUUUUUUAUGUUACGGAACUCCGAAACUUUCGUAACUACCGGACGCAAAAUCAUUAAACGAUGGAAUGGUCGCACCAUUGCUCAAAAGUGAAUUUUUACGUUUUCGUUUAGCAUUUGGUAUUGUAUUAAUAUUAUUUCCUAUUUGUUAUAUGUUUUAGCCUGUAUUUACUAUUUAUUUAUUUAUUUCAUCUUUAAUGAAGUCUGUCGGUUUAGAACCGCUGGAAGACACCAACAUUGUUUUGUUUUAUUUGUUGAUUUGUAAAUGUAGAAAUUCCUAAAGAGUUAUGUUUUAGUUUUGAGUAUAGCAUGAGUAAAGAGUUUAUCGAUCGAGUGACAAAUUAUACUAAAUGCAAUGCAAAGUUUUUAUCAUAAUGAAGAUUGUUUAACCUGUUUAUUUGGAAGGAAGUCCAAGUUCUGUCUGUUAAAUUGUCGUCUUCCUUAUUUAAUUUUUUAUUGUUUCCUUGCUGUAUCUAUCCUUGAAAUAAUUUUACUGGAAACUAUUUUGAGCCAAGUUGGAAAAUAUUAGCUACAAUGCUGAGCCAGUCUCAAAAACUUGAUCUUACUAUUAAUUACUUUACUACUGAUGGACGUAAAUUUGUACUGAUUGAUAAUUGAGAGUUCUGACAAAUGGUGUAUGUUAAUCUUGUCUGGGUUUCAAAAAUACACACUAGAGUCUAUAUUUUAUUAUUUUUGAAUGCCAGACAAUGUUAAUACUUACAAUUGCAUUACAAUUUACCUACAUGAUUUUAUAAUCAUUCUAAUUUUUCUUCAAACAAAGAGGAAAAAAAUUUAUUGGUUGAUUUUGAAACCGUCUGAGGUCUAUCAAAACCAUAAUCAUAUCAUCAACAUUUUCAAAAAUUAUAUUUUUCCAACUUGCUUGAAAUUUUUAAUGGCCAUUUCCGUAGGGACCACAUCAUUAAAGUUGUUCACCAAACCAACAUAUUAAUGUAAUUUUAACCUGUACAUUUGGCUUCUCUUUUCUUUUGUGCAUUCAACUAAACAUAAUAAUUCAGCCACGUACAAAUAAUUUAUAGAUAAUGUGAAAUGUACAUAGUAUUGGACUAGUGUAGGUUUGUUCAUGGGUCAAGUUAUUGAUUAACUAAUUUAAAAAGGUAAUAAAUAUUAGUAAAGUUUUUAAUUAUGAUGCAAUAUUGCCAUUAUGAAAUUGGAACAUAUUAUGAAUUUAAGUUUCUUGAAGUGCUGUCUCUGAAAUAAUGUUAGUCUUUUUUCUUAAAGAAUUUUUAACAUUAUUUUUAAAUUUCUGUUUUAAAAAAUUAGUUUUUUAAUAAACUGGAUGGACGUUGAAUCUUCUCAGCAAGUGAAAUCCUGCAUUUCAUAAAUUAUUUUUAAAUUUUAAUUAGGUACAGUAUUUUAAGAGUUUUUGAAUAAUGAAUUGUGUUACAAAAGUGUUUUUUUAAUGAACAGUACAAUCUUUGUGGUUGAAAUUUUUUACAUUUUUACAUUUUUAUUUCAUAUUGUAAGAGAAUAACUGUAUCGUGUGAAUUUUAAUUGAAUGUAUUCAAAAUAAUUGUUUAAGGUUUAAAGUGAAUAUUUAGUAAUAGUUAUUGAUGAAAGUUUUGUUCAUAUUGUUAAUAUUAAUAAAAGUAAUAAGUAAAAUGAACCUGUUCUGUUAUGUUUGCUUGUUCAAAUUUGUUAGCUUACUAAAUAUUUAUAUUGUAUAUUUUAAAAAGAUUUUAAAGUUAAUACUUUAAUCACAUCUUAACUUAAAUACUUCAAAUAUCUGUCUUUACAUUACAACCUCUUUAAUUUCCUACUGUGAAAUCGUAAAUUAAUAUUAUAGUUUUGUUUCUUUAAUAUUGAGAUUAAAUAAAAAGAUUCUUGCCCUCACAUAUUUUGCCAUUGACUUUGGAUACUGAAUGCUAAAGCUUGAUGAAACUAAACUGAGGUCAAAUUGUUUUAAGUUUUUUUUACUCCUAAUGGCUUUAACUUUAAGAUGAUAAUAAAAGGUUAUAUUUUAAGAAUUAAAGUCUCUUUGAAUAGGCUAAUAAAAAAAAUUAUGUUUGUAUCUUUAUUUAUAGUUAUUGGAUCACAAAUACUUUCAAACUGUUUUAUAUGAAAUAUUUUUUCAGAUUUAAAUUGUACCUCCAUUCAGGAUGUAAAAUAUACAGAAACAUAUGAUAAAAAUUAAAUUUGCCGUCAGGCUAAAUACUAUUUUAUAUGACAUAUAUUUUCAAAUUUAAAUUGCACCUCUAUUCAAAAUGUAAACUAUAUAGAAACAUAUGAUAAAAAUUAAAUUUGUCGUCAGGCUAAAUGUUAAUUAGACUACAGUAAAAUACAUUUGAGUUGCUCACUAGAAAUUUAGUUAUUCUAUCUUUGCAUCAUUUUGAUUCAUCCUUUUUUAUUGCAUUGGAAAACUGUAAGUGCAAUAGAAAUCUAAUACAAUUUUGACACUGUUUUCUGCAUAUUUACGAUUAUGUUGGUACAAUAAUGUUGCAAUAAAUUUCAUUAGUUCUUAUUUUGACAAAUUAACGACAAUUAACGUGUUAGUAGUGUGAAACAUUUUACCGAUGUUGAUUUCUGGGCUCAGGGACAUGUUUAGAAGGUACAAAUCAAUGUUUACAUAAUCAGACUUUAUUUCAAUGCUUGAGAAUUGGUUGUGCCUUUUUUGUAUUGGUUGUGCUACUUUUUUACAUGAAGUGGUGCUGUGCUUAGUUUUCACGCAGUUCUAACAUAAGCCAGGAUCAAUUGAGGAAACCACUUAGGACAUUUAGAUGUAUGGAGUUAUUUGACAAAAUCAUGUUGAUUUGACCAUAGAUAUGUUUUAUUAAAGUGUAUAGAUAUGUUACUUAUUUUCUAAAUAAUUGACAAUCAUUUUCAAUAUGUGUUUAUUUCAAAUACUUGUACCGUUUUGAUUUUCUAGAGAAAUUGUUAUUAAAAAGAAAACUUUACUUUUAAACAAAAGUGGAUUUAACAAGACUUUCUGAAUAUUUUUUAAAAAAAUUUAUAAAAUAGCUUUAUUCACAAAUAUUUGAAAUUUCAACGAUUAAGUUCGGCUGAUAUUAUUUUACCUUGCAUUUUCCUUUCCGUAUAGGCCUCGGGCCUGUGAGUAUCAAACAAACUAAAGGGUUAGCAAACAAUAUGGUAAAUAAUUUUCUGUUUUUUUUUUUUUUUUAGUUCAACAGAAAAUAUACCUGUUAAACAAUAAAUUUCUAUCAAAAUAACUUAAUUUACUUGUUUUCCAAUCAGUGAAACAAUAAUAAGAAUAAGUCUACCCCAAAUUAUAUCCAAUUCACUAAAAAUAUUUUUUUAAAGAUUUAUUUAAACUUUUUUCAUUACAUUGUAUAUAAUGUAAAGGGUUUCCUCUGACUAAAGCAUCACUGUAAAAUUAACAUCACAAGAUUAAUGUGAACGCCUGAAAUUUUAGGAUGUUACGACAUAAUCGUAACAACUUUACAAAUCAAAUUUAAUAACUUUUCUUUCAAAUGAGCAGCAUCCUGAUAAUUUUUCUUAGUUUGAUACCAUAACAUUUUAUUAAAUAAGUAUUUACUACAUAAACCUACCUUUCAAUAGUUUCAUAUUUUUAUUUAAUUACAUUUUACCGUGCUACACUAGUUUUAUAAAGUUUAAAAUAAUAUUUUCCUUAAAUCGAAAGCAAAGAACUCAAGUUUUUAGUACAGAUUUAAUCGGUAAUAUUUUAUACAUUAUUUUACUGCAACCUUUCUAUAAAAACAAAAACAAAUAUAUAACAGUUUGUGUUAUGUUAAAAUUUUCAAGUUAUAAUUUUUUACUGUGGUCCUCGCAUUAAGUGUAACUUGAAAUACAAUCCUAACAGCAAUAUUGAAGGAUGUUUCGAUGUUUAUUCAUAUUUGACAUACAAGUUUUCUAUGAGAUUAUUCUAAGUACUUGCCUUCUUCCAUGGAAUCACGUAGCCGUUUAGUCAGCAAAUGAUUUGUCAUUUUCUCUCUUGGUUCUUCCAGUUUUUUGCAUGGUUAUGUCGAGUCCCUACCUAGGCGUUUCAUUUCCCACAAUCCUUUGUGUUUCCGGAGUGAAUAACGUCUCUGCGAUUGCGCAGACAAGUUUAGUUCCUUGUGUUCUAACGAUCACGAUCAGUCACGUCUGCACGUGAUGUUCGGUUUUCGCUGAUUUACCAUAUUUCGUGUUAUCGGAUAUUUUAUCAUAUGAAUAUAUAAGUUUAUUUUGUAAGCGAUGUAUAUUGAUGAAUCAAAGUGUUUAAAUAUACAUAGAUUAUCUAGUGGGGUUAUAUUUAGCUGUAAUAUGUAUAUUUUUGUAUAUAUCUUGACAUUUCUAUAUCGUGUAGUGGCAGUUUGUUUACGUAGAACGGAAGACAAACGUGUUGUUGUUCCUUCUUGUCAGUUUUCGUUGGCUGUACUUAGAUCCGAAUUAGGCCAAAGUACUUUAGUCUGUUAGUUUUGUUUGUACAUUUUGUUUCUCAGUGUUGAGUUUUUCCAUUUUGUUUCAGUUAUGUUUGAACUAAGAAGGAAUCACAAACGUCUGUUUGGUUCGAUGAAAUGUAUUAUGUAUGAAUAGUGGCUGAUCCACUCGGAGUUUAGAUUAAAGAUAUAAUAUUUAUUCAAAAUACAAACUGUGUCUUUUUACAA